GCUGCAGCCUCUGACGCUCCCCUGCAUAGCUUGGCUCACGUUCCGCAGUGACGACGUAGACGCCCUCAUCCCUGACCCCUGCAUCUCCGCUCUCUUCUGAGUUCUCAGAUCUGUCUAUAGAGGCCAUCGACAGAGCCAAUCGCUCAGUGCUUCGUGACCUUCGUUCAGAUGUCGCAAUCAGGGAUUGCAUAUUAUUGUUAUUAUCCUUAUAAGAUCAAGCCUUUGAAUAUCGGUACAGGAAUUCAGUUCUUACAAUCCUCAGUUUAAUCCAAUGAAGGACAAGCGCUUGAAGAAAAGGUUGAAAAGCGAGGUUGAGUCAGAUAAAAAUAAUGAGACUAGGAUUGAAGAUGUUGCUUGGCUCUGCUCCCUUUCAGAGACAGAGAUUGACAUGCUGAUUAGCUUGAAACUGUUGAUCAUUCAGCGUGCAAAAAUGAUAGGCUAUAAGGAAUUGGCUAAUAAAUUCAACCUUAAAAUGAUUCGAGCCAUUGCACUUGUUUUGAUGGAACAUCUCAAGGCAGAGAUAAAAGAUUCAUCACUUAUCCCUGAUAUGGUGAAGUCUACUGCUUUUUUGGAUGCUUGCAACCUAUUAAAAUGUAAUAACGAGGUUGAUGCAACUGUUGAAGAGCUAAGUACAAGCAUUGGUACUGAUAUACCAACAUUUCUUAAAAGUCCACUAACAUCCAAACGGAAAAAGCAAAAAGUUGGAAGCAGAGAAUAAAUAAUUGUUCUUAGAGGAUCAGAAAUUUCUAGCUUAUCCUUAUAACAACGCCUUUUACUUUUGCUAUGGAAACUCUCAUUUAUGGCGUCCUCCUCAUUGCCGAAUACCCAUAUGAAGUAGUCAUUCCUUGAAGAUUUCUUAUAAUUUUUGGUUCUAGGUAAUUUUUUGCUAUUUGCAUAGAAAAGAAUGUAUUGUCAGGCAAUAUCUAUGUUGUAGCAAAUCCACAUUGUCUAGAGAAUAUUAUAUUACUUGUUUAAAAGUUUUAUCGGUAAAGUAACACAAGU